CCCACUCCCUUCACUUGUCCAGGUCUCUCUGCAGGGCCUCUCUGCCUUCGACGGAGUCGACGGCUUCUCACAACUGAUUACCGCCGGCAAGAAGACAAACUGCGUUCUUUGGACAUCUUCCUGACGCUGCCGCAGAAAAUAUCUGUUACCUUCGAAGCAAAAUCUUGCCCUCAAAGGCACUUCACGCCAUUUCUUUGGCUCCCCGAAAACGCAGCGGGUGCCGAGGGCCGUGUCCGGGCUGGGGGCGGCCCCUGGCCCCCUCGCCCCUCACCGGCCCGCGCGGCCCCUCCCGCGGCCCCGGGACAGCGGCGCGGCCCUCGGGGUCGCCUGGCAACGCGGCGGACGCGGCGGCAGCGACCGGCGGCCAUGGCCGCCAAGGGGGGCAAGAAGAAGGAGCUCUCCAGCCGCACCAGCGCCUCAUCCAAAACGGUGUCUAUGAAUGCCAAGGUAGCUGCUGCCAAUGAGAAGUGGGGAUUUCCUAUUUGGCCAGAAUGGCAUGAUGCAGAUAUCAAUGCAGAAAAAUGGGAUAAAGCUGGAAAAGAAAAACCUGGAAAAGGUCAAAUUUCACCUGGAUUUGACGAUCCUGAAGGGAAAAUAAGGUUGCCAGCAUCCUUAAAAGUGCAUUCAUGGAAACGCCCACAAGAGUUUUUAACAAAAGAGGUUCCUGUGAUAGUCAAAAAUGAAACUUCAUUUGAUCUUGUUUCAGCAAAUGAACACAUAUUUUGUUCUGAGCUGAUGAGAUGGAUUGUAAGUGAAAUUUAUGCUGUCUGGAGGAUAUAUAAUGAAAAUUCCUUAAAUAGUGAAACAUCCACACUUGUUUGGAAACCUUGGGAACACAUUUAUGCCUUAUGUAAAGCUACCCAGGAACACAUACCACUGUACAAUAAAUUUGGAAAAUAUGUAUUGAAACUUUAUUGGAUGGGGUGCUGGAGAAAGAUCACUGUGGACGACACUAUGCCUUUCAAUGAAGAGGAGAAUUUGUUAUUACCAGCUACAGCCUGCCAAAAUGAACUUUGGCCAAUGUUGCUGUCCAAAGCUAUCAUUAAAUUAGCAAAUACUAGUAUACAUGAAACUGGAAAAAGAGAGAUGGAGGAAUUUACAGUUCUACAUACACUGACUGGAUGGAUACCAGAAGUUAUUCCUCUCCAACCUGAAUACUUGGACAAAGUUUGGGGCUUUUUGAAAGAGAUUGUGCCAGAAUUCAAGUUGCCAGAGAAGAAGGCUCCAGAGCCUGAGAUUACUCAGGAUGAUACAAAACCUGAAGAGACCAAAGACUCAGAAUUAAAAAAUGAAGUUUCAUCUAUGAAUAAGCUGCCAGAUACAAUUGAGAAAGCAGAGACAGCCACUAACGUUAGCAAAGAAUCUCCCAUACCAACCCAGCCAGAAAUGGUCGUGUACGCUGGCUGUAUACCGCUGAAUUUGUUUGAAGAGGAUAUUUUUUUAUUAACGAGAAUGGCUGAUUCUUCAGAGAAGAUGAGGCAAUAUGGGCUUUCCCAUAUACACAGCCAUCCUGUCCUGAUCACUCGAACUAGGUCUUGUCCUCUGGUAGCACCUCCAGAACCACCCCCACUUCCUUCUUGGAAGCUUAUCCGUCCGAAAAAGAAAAUUGUUGUGACAUCUGAACCCCAAGAGCCUGUGGUAGAGAAAUCUGAAGAACAUAUUGAAAUUGCUAGCCUAUUUUUGAAUUACAAAUUGAGUGUUAUCACAAUACCAACAGACAUCCACUUUCCACAGUCUACCCUCAAAAAAGGAUUUCAUUCUGUAUCCAAUCUCACUUCUGUUACUGAAACUGAUGAAAGUGAAAGUGACAGUAAUGGGGACAUGAAUCAAAAUAGGAGACACUCAAAUGCAGAAGAUUAUUCUCAGGAGACCAUUGCCUUGUGCCAUCAAAAUGCAGAGUUAUCCAGUAAAGAAGAGUUACCUGAGAAUAUCAGUUUAGAUGCAAAACAAAUGUCAGAAACAGCUGAUACUGAUAUGAAGAGCUACACAGGGACUAAAUCAAAGGAUGAAACAGAGUCAGAAAAGACUUCAGUUUCCAGGGAAACCUGGAUGAGCUUUGAAGACUUCUGUGUGUGUUUCCAGAACCUGUAUGUUUUCCACAAGCCACAUACAUAUGCUUAUAAUUAUCAGAAGACAUGUUUUAUGUCUACUGAUGACGAAGUCUUCUAUUAUUUACUUGUGGACAGUCUGAUGCCCAUUGAAAUCCUGGUUAGCUUUUCUGCAUUAGUACACUGGUAUGUUACUGAAGGUACUAAACAAGAAUGUUCAAUGGGUGUGCUGAGGGUUGAACGUUUCUCUUGGAAAUCUGUGACUCCUGGGGAACUUGUGUUAAAGAUGCGUACGUCUGCAACCAAAGCUACUGUGAUAAAUCUUCCUGUUGGGCGACACAUACUGCUCUUCACAGUAAAUUGUCCCAUAGGGCACCACAUUCAUCUGUGUACCAUGGUGCCAUGUGUCUUUGGAGAAGAGGAUACUGUGAUGCCAGCUCUUCAGAAGGAGAGCUCUCGAUUUAUGGAACAGGCUACAGCUAUUCUGAAAGCUGUUGGAAAUGUGAUAAAUAAUUUCAGCAGUAAGGAUGAACUUCCUAAAGCCUUGAAGGAAUUGGAAGUAGCUCAUUGUCCUCCUGGCCUCCAUGGUACUAAAAUGUCUGAAGAAAAUGUCAAGGUUUUCAAUAAUGCAUUUUGGUAUUUGAUCAAAUCUGUAUUAGACAAGAAGGAUCUUUGCAGAUAUAAAUUUGCCUUCAGAUCCUUCACUUUGGAUUUUAAAGACACUGAUAUUUCUGGGGACGACACUGUGUUUUCAGGCAGCUUUGUUGAUGUUGCUCAUUCUCCCAUUCCUUCAGAGAGCAGUGAGGAGAAAUCCCUUAGUAGUUGGGAGAACCAAACUCCUACAUCUGAAGAAGCAGCAGCAGCUGUCAAACUUCAAGCCAUCUGGAGAGGGACCUAUAUUAGGAAAAUACUGAAAAGCAGAGAACCAGAUACUAAAGAAAACACUGAUGUUGAAGAAACUUUGAAAAACCUAUGGACUGUGAUUGAGUUAAAUUUUGAACAGUGUGCUGUAACGUUGUUAAGAGAAAUGUUUAAAAGAAACUGUAAUUCAGUUGAAAAGUUUCCUUGUUAUGAAGAUGAAUGGUGUAAGACAUAUUUCACUGACUAUGCAGUAACAUAUGCUGAUCAACCACCAAAUGCAUGGUUUCUGGUUUUCAGAGAAAUAUUUAUUGUCCCAGAAGACAUGCUUGUAUUGACAAAGGUGUUUACCACUAUCCCUUCCUGUAGACUUCAUGUUCUUGAUAAUGACACACAGGAGGAAAUGCCACAUGCCUUUUUCAAAGUCACACCUCAUGUUUAUCCCAAAAAUAAGAAAGGAUACACUUUUGUGGCUGAAGCACACACUGGUGACCAACCUGUGGCAGCUGGAAAAUGGAAGCUCCGCUUCAUCAGUUCCCAGAGUCCACUUCCAUUUCUCUCUCGUGAGGCUGUAAAUAAUAUCUAUUCUACUAAACAAUUUAAGGAGUAUUACAUCCCCAACGAUGAGUUUCUACUGUUUAGGUAUUUUGUAAAAGUCACAGCACCACAUACUGCUACAUUGCAGGUACAAACCUCUAAUUCAGAUGUGUUCAUUAAACUACAAGUCCUAGAUAAUGAGAAGGAAAUUACAAGUGUCAUUGGAAAGGGCAAUGCAGUCAUCCCAGUUUUUAAUUUCUGGGGUAAUCAAUCACUUCCGAGCUCCUACUUAAAAAACCAAGAGAUUAUUCAAAGUAGUACAAGGAAGGGAUCGGAAACUGGACAAUUGAAAAAAGCAAGUAAUAAUUCAUUAAAGAACAGCAAAAGUUCUUCCAAGUCAGACCUUGUACAGGAAGCUCCAGUGAUAAAAAUAGAUAAAUCUUUCAUCUUGGAAAACUUUGAAAAUAAUGUUGGAAGCCCACAACAAUCUCACCAGUAUACAAUAGAGGCAUUGGUGUUGCAUGAUAGUUGGCUGCUUACUGAGAGUGAGUCUUUGCUUGUUCAGGAACUGAAAGAAAUGCAGAAAAAUGAAAUCAAAGUAAAAAAGAUUGCAAGUAUUCCUGAGUCAACCAUAAGAUCAAAAGAUAAAGUAUUUGAGAAGACAGAAAAAGAGAAGUUCCAGAACGAAAGAGGAUCACUUGAAUCUCAGCCAGCAGAUUCAAACACACCCUACUGGAUUUUACGCAUAGUUAGCGAACAGAAAGAGGCAGACUUUCUGGAGAUGAAGAAAGACACCCGGCGAGCAGAUGAGAUCAGAGCCAUGAAAGAAGCAUGGGAGUCUGCAGAGCCAGGGAGAGCUGUCAAGGCUUUUCAGGAACGCGUGCGUUUUAUUAAUAAGUAUGCUGUGAGAGAUUCAGAGGAACCCAUAGCUGGGGCUGAGACUGCCAACUUAACACCUAGCUCAGGAGAAACAGGAGAGAAAGCACCACAAACAGCUAUUGGCUCAAGAUUAAAAACACAGCAAAAGAAAUGGGAGCUUAUAGACCUUAGUCCUUACAUGAGAAAAACAAUGUCUGAAUCUGUCCUGAGAAAUGAAUCUAUCAUUCAACAGCAACAGAUGCGUAAAGAAGAAAAAAUUAACCAUUUUAGGCAACUCCGCAAGCUGGUAUUGGAACAAAGACAAAAAGAAGAAAAUGACAGAGUUUUAUUGAAGCAAAAUAUACUUGAAAUGUAUGAGAACCUGCAGGCAUCCUUAGAUGAAACACGAGGCAGAGUUUACAGCAUUCGGGAAGCAUACAGAAAUCAGCUGCUGGAGGCUGAGCGCAGAAAACAAGAAGAACUGGCAGCUCAGGAAGCAGCCCUGCAAGCAGAGCAAAAGAAGAGAAUUGCAGACAGAAAGAAAAAACGGUAAAGGCUUAGGGAAAAAAAGCGUAGUUGCUAUCAUUAGUGAAUUGUAUUUAACAGUUUGGGAAAGAAAGUUCAUAUGCAAAGAUGAGAAAGAAUGUUUAUUAUUUUCAAGUAUUUUUGGCAACUAUAUCACAUUUUCUCUCUUUGCCUGUUGCUAGUCAAAAAAUUGAUCUAGUAUUCUUUUUAGCAGUGUUUGGUAUUUUGCUUCUCACAAAGCUACUCGCUACUAUUAAAAUUUUUAUGUUUUACUGAAAUAACUUUUGCAAUAAAAUUCAUAUUCCAUUUAGACUCU